CUACCUUCAGCAUUAUUUUGUUUACUUUUGAAGUAGUUGCAACAGUUGCACUCAACUCGACUCGCGCCGUUGCAAUCGAUGCAAGCAGCAUUUCGGAAAUCCUGGUUAGGGAAAUAAACUAUAUUGCAUAUUUUGCAGCAUAUAGGGAACCUGGCAGAAGCACAGUCCACUGAGUGUUCAGAAAAUGAUGAAAGAAAAAUUGCAGCUAAUAACAUCGUUGAUUAUCAUCAUCUCUUCAUUAUCGGUGCAAUUGACGGCAGCCGAUGAUAGUGACAUCAUCAAUCCAAACUGGGUAAAGCCAGGCUGGAGAGGCAAUCGCCAUCGUCAUGCAGAAGUCCCUACUACUGCAGAAGAGUGCCAGUGUCCGGCGGUUUCCGAGUGUACUGGGGAAUCGUCAACCAAGCAGAUUCCAACCGAAGAGGAAAACAAUCGUUUGGCUUUGAUUUUCUACAGAAAGUUUCUUAUCAGACUUUUCGAUGAAAGUAAGUUGGAGGUGGAUGAGGAGAGUAGUUCCUUUAAACUGCGAAAUGUUCAGUUCAAGAUAACCGAGCAGCAGCUUAGGCAGCUGAAAGAGGCGCAAACUGCUCGUGAGAUAGAUGCGGUGGUAACCAGCAUCGUUGAACAAUCAGGAACCAGUUUCUAUCAGUCCAUGGCAGAGAAUCUGUGUUGGAAUAUUCUUGCCUGGUAUGGCAGUGCGAUGCAGAGUUCCAUCUUCCUGUACGUGUUUGUUCCGGUCGUUGUUAUUCUCUUCCUGCUAAGCAUCGGUAGACUUUUGGGUAUGCGACUGUGGGUUUUGAUUCCCGUCCUUGGCAUCCUGAUAACUUACGUUUUAACCUAUCGCGACUGCAACAAUCAACUGGAACUGGAAUCGCUUACUAAGCUGAUGAACACAGACGGUUCGAAUCCUUGCGGCAAACACCACCGAUCGGGAUGGCUGAACCGACUGCUACAUAAGGACAACGAAGCAGAAUGUAUUGAGCACCUUCGGGAAAAGUACAGCCUGAAGCGGAAUUUCUGCGACCCCUCGGAGGUAUUUAUCGAAAUGGUGGCUAAACUGCACCUGCAGUACUUCGAAACCUUCGUCCUGAAGAUGGUUUCCAUCUUCAAAGUUAGCACGGCUUCGUCUGGUGUAGUGGAAACAUUAUUGAUUAGUGGAUUCAUAAUUUUCCUGCUAUACCUCCUGAUGACCGUUGGGAUCAAGUACGGGCUGUACGCAAGCGGUAGAUUGUUGGCAGAUGUAAUUACAAGGCCUAGGACUGGGGAACAGGCAGGUCAAGGAGAUGUUCGGCAGGCUCCAUUCAACAUCAGCAUCAAUAUUAACCGACCACGAAGGGACAAUUCCAGAAGUGAGCAGACCACCAAUCGAAUUGAGGAGAUUACGGAAGGUGGUAGUGAGCCGAACUCAGUUGAAGAAACCUCCCGGCAAAAAGAGGAUGGAUCGGGCGAAGGAUUUGCAGUAAAGAACGAAGCGACGGAUGAGGGCGUAUCUUCGGAUGAGGAAACGAUUAUGAUUCAAUGCAACUUGUCUGACGACGUCAGGAAGGAUGCGGCCGAGAACUCAACCCACAACCAAAGCAAGGCAAGUGUGGAGCAGUAAAUUAGUCCUCAGAAUAAGUAAUUAUUAAGAAAUUAGUGUAUUUAAAAGUAUCAUUUUAU